AGGAAGACUCUUAAGCUUCGUUCCGCCGUCUUCUUCUUCGUAUCUCUGAUCGCUUUUUUUAGCUCCUACUUCACUGAAGGGUAAAUCAUCGUCGUCUUCUUACGGUUGUUUCUCCGUUCUUCACGAAAGCUCCAGAGUUUCGGUUCUGAGAUGGAGACUGAAACAAAACUUGCGGCUGAUCUCAUUGCUCUCAACGAAAAGAAAGUUGCCAUGGCUUUGGAUGAUCUCAUCAAGUUGUCAAAGAGGAAUAGCAAAGGGUACAAGGGGGGCAAACGUUCAAGGAGAGCCAGGAACAAAAGCCGAAACUUCAAUGGUGCUGCGAGAAAGAAUAAUAAUAACACCUGUAAAGAGAAGCAUUACGUGAACUCACUUUCUGGAGUUAGACAGGGUGCUGUUGCUAAGAGAAGGUCUAACUUCAAAGGAGAUCAGUUUCCUGUUGCAACAAACGUUGCUCAUAAAGCCGCUACUGCUCCUCCACUCAGUGUUCGUAGAAGAGGUUUCAAUGCUGGAAGGAUGACUAGUGCAAAUCAGUCAAGGCUUCGUGCUUCACCAGUCCAGAAUAGAUCUGUACACGCUAGAUACAUGGCAAAGAGGCAUGAGGUGGAACAGAAAAUAGAAAAUGGAGGAGAGAAGUGGAUGACACUGGACUCUCGGUUUGCAAUCAUGAAAGAGCAGAGGAAUAGUAGUAACAACAACAACAACAACAGCGGGGGUAAAGUGCAUGCUCCAAGGUUGCCACCACCAUGGGCUAGAGCCAGAAGAUUUUAGUUACUAAGAACAAACCACAAAGCUUUAGUGCGCGCUCCCUCCCCUCUUAGAUUUUUUUGUCUUUGGGAUUUAUACUCUUGUUAAGCACACUUAACAAUGCUGUUCUUUUGUGAAUGUAUGACUUUCUUACGUGAAAUGCAUCCAAGAAGUAAAUAAAUAUAUACUUUGAAA